UAUCACUGCCUUGCGGAUCUCCAUCCCCCACAAACACCAUCACCAUGAACCCGUACGCGCCGCACGCGCACGCGUCCUCGUCCAAGACUCCAGACGGGCCCGUCACUCGCUCGCGCACCCUCUUCUAUCUCUCCGUCCGGGACAGCAGCAGCUUCGGCUCGGGGCGCGCCCCGCGCCUCGCAGCAGCACAGUAUGGCGACACCGUCGACGUAGAGGACGACGAGCGCGGCGGCCUGCUCGCGCACGCGCGCGUAGACAUGCAGGGCCUUCCGCCGAAAUGGGUGGACAAGAGCGACGAGGUCGAAGAAAUCCUCGAGCGCAUCACAGCCAAAGUCGCGGCGUUGGACAAGCUGCACGCCAAGCACGUGCUGCCAGCGUUCACGGACCGGAGCGCCGAGGAGCGUGAGAUUGAGCGACAGACGAGCGACAUUACACGCGACUUUCGGCGUGCGUCCAAGCUCGUCGCAUCGAUCGCGCCGGGGAAGGAUGCGACACGCGCCGAGAAGGUCACGGCCAAGAAUGUGCAGCGCGGACUCGCGCGCAAGAUCCAAGAGGCGAGCGGGCACUUUCGCGUCAAGCAGCGCGUGUACAUGCAAAAACUGCAAGGUCACUCGAUCAAGAACAAGGACCUUUUGGCUGCGAGCGGCGCGAUCACGCUGCGCGGAACAGACUCGUACGAUGCCCUGGCAGAGGACGAGGAGGCGUCGCAAGCGCAGCUCCAGUCUCAAACACAGUCCGGCGUAGCGCUCGACAUCGAGCAGCGCACACACGAGAUUACCCAGAUCGCUUCGUCGAUCAGCGAGCUGGCCGACCUGUUCCGCGAUCUCGGCAAUCUAGUCGUCGAACAGGGCACGGUGCUCGACUCGGUCGAGUACAACGUGCAGCAGACGGCCAAGCAAAUGGACGAUGCGGUGCAGGAACUACAAGUCGCGCGUCGAUACCAGAGCAAUACGGGCAAGCGAAAGUGUAUCCUGCUCCUCAUCCUGCUAAUCGUGGCCAUGAUCAUUAUACUGAUUUACAAGCCACGACGGGGCUCGUCACCCCCAACACCAACCCCUGCCUCCGGCGUCGUCGGGGCACCACCCGCCCCACCACCAACCACAAGCCUGAAUGGCUGGGAGCGGCCCAACAUGUAUCCCACCGCGCCGUUCUAGACCACACUGUAGCCCUAUACCCUGCAUAUACUAUUCCAUAUCCCAUGCGACUAUGAGAGCGGUUUGCGGCGGAGGC